AUGUUUUUUUAAGUAAUACACUCAGAACAAAAUCCAAUAAAAUAUUUAAAUUUCCGAAAAUUACAUAAUCCACAGAAAGGUGGAGCUAGCUUUCACAUACAGCAUAGUCGCAUUGCAUUACUUUCCGAAUUUGUAAUGGAAAGAUGUAUUAACAGGGCAACUGAUCAAAUACAGGAACAUUUAUGAUGGGAAACUAUGGCUUUAAAUUUCCAAACGAAUCUAACAGCCUGGAUAUAUAAUUAUACACCUUUUGCUCCCGACCUUCCCGUUUCGCAUGGCCGUAGACCAUUAACCGAUCAAAUUCAGUACCAAUGGAAAAAAAAUAAAAAAUUCACGCGUAUGUUUACACUUCUGCAGGAAUCGAUGUCUGUUGGAACAAGUCUGUUGGUCGUGACGUAGCCGAUCGAUUUCUACAUUAGAUUGUUUAGGAUGAGGGUCGUCUUGUGCUAACAGCUACAUCACUGCUCUGACAUCGGAUCCCAAAUGAGCUCCUGCAGAGAAGGAUGUCGAAGGGCAUUUCGGGGGAUCCUCCAUAUUCCUGGUUGCAAAACCUUGUGCUUCAAGUGCGUUCUCCUGCCGUGCUAUUCUAACACAGAUAGUGAUGACGAGAAAGACAAGGACGACGAAGGCUACGAUAGCUAUGGUAACACGGACAAUCACGCUCACCCGACUCAGGAAGACGGCCAUGACACAUCCGGGUCUCUGGGUCAGGUGACACACCAUGAUUACGUCAACAGUGUCGAUUACACCAAUGUUGAGAUUGCAGAAACUGGACAAUCUCAGAGUGCAGACAAUGUUUACGUUCCAAUGCAACUGGAGUCGCUGGACCACCUCGUGGCAACCAGAAGCGUGAGCACUAGUGAGAAAGUACUGCUUUCGAACACUGAUCUCAUGACGUGUAGGCUGAAAGUGGAAUGUCCAGACCCUACAGCGUCCUACGUGAACGUUCCCGAGACGAGUCCUUUACUGAAAGGGACAGGGGAGGAUAGCACGGUUAGUGAAAAGAACUCCGGUGUUACUGAUGUCAUACAGGAAGUUGGAGAGUCAAAGACCGAUGGGUCUAAACAGCAUUCCAAGAUGGCAGCAAAUCAGACACCAGCCGACAAGGCAUUAAAGCAGUCCAGUGUAGUGGAGGAGGGGGCAAGGACAGAUAACUCUUCCCGCGACACCACGACACUAAAUAGUUCAACCUCGGUGGAAGAGAUUGAAGGACCAUCCGGAAAGAAAAUGGUGCUCCUAGAAACGGACUUAUGACGUCAUUAUACAUUGUAAUUUGUUCUGUGUUCAAGAAUGUUUUGUCAAUUCUAUAUUUUAUGUGCCAUAUUAAUGUAUUAAUUUUUAUGAGUGGUAAAUUAUAGUGAACUGAUGUACGCAUAUAUGAUAUGGAAUGCAUGUGUUUUAUUUUUUAUUAAAACUUCUUCAGUUUUUGUUGUAGACA